AUUGAGAAACCUGAUGACUGGCUAUCCCGUGGCAAUCCCUGGGAGCGUGUGCGUCAUGAAGUCUGCUUUCCAGUUGACUUCUUUGGUCGCGUUGAAGUUGAUGAGAAUGGUCACCGAUCAUGGCUUGAUACUCAACGCGUGUAUGCUGUAGCACAUGACACCCCUGUGCCAGGCUAUGGCAAUAACAUUUGCAAUACCCUUAGACUCUGGUCCUGCCGAGCCUCAAACAAGUUUGACCUGAAAAUUUUUAAUACUGGUGACUACAUCCACGCUGUUUGUGAACGCAAUCUGGCGGAAAACAUUUCUCGCGUGCUUUAUCCAAAUGACAAUUGCUUUGAGGGUAAAAAGCUAAGACUAAAGCAGGAGUAUCUACUCGUUUCAGCCACCAUCCAAGACAUACUUCGACGCUAUAAGAUCUAUGAUGAACGUGGGCCAAAGAGAACCGAUUUCUCACAACUGCCAGACAAGGUUGCAAUCCAGUUGAAUGAUACACAUCCCUCAAUGGCGAUACCAGAAUUAAUGCGCAUUCUCGUUGACGUGGAAGGGCUCGAUUGGUACAAGGCCUGGGAUCUCUGUGUCCGUGUCUUCUCCUACACAAACCACACUAUCUUACCCGAGGCUCUUGAACGAUGGCCAGUUCAGAUGCUCGCACAAGUUCUUCCUAGACACUUGGAAAUAAUUUUCAAGUUAAAUCAAGAUUUCUUAGAGCUACUGAAUCGCCAUUAUCCUAACGACCUUAAUCGGCAGCGUCGGAUGUCAAUAGUUGAGGAGGAACCCGAUAAGCGCAUAAACACAGCCUUUUUGUGCAUCAUCUCUUCACAUGUCGUUAAUGGUGUUUCAGCAAUUCAUACAAAGAUACUUAAAAAGCAGUGCUAG